AUGCGUUCAAUCAUUGUCUCGGUGUUGGGCCUUCUCGCUUCAGCAGCAACAGCUUCGCUGCAGAUCGUGCCUGGUGCAACUUGGACCGCGACGAACACCGGUCAACACAUUCAGGCUCAUGGUGGCGGUAUCCUCAAAGUUGGCGAGAAGUGGUACUGGGUUGGGGAAGACAAAACCAACGGCACCUCGUUCAUCAAUGUCAACUGCUAUUCCUCAACCAAUCUCGUAGAAUGGACUUACGAAGGCGCUCUUCUCUCUCAAACCGCAUCGGGUGAUACAGGACCAAACCGUGUCAUUGAGCGCCCGAAGAUCAUUUACAACAAAGCCACCAACAAGUAUGUGAUGUGGAUGCACAUCGACAGCGGCGAUUACAAAGAAGCCAAGAUUGGCGUCGCCACUGGAAACACUGUGUGCGGAAAGUACACGUAUCUGCGCAGCGAACAGCCGCUGGGCUUUCAAAGCCGCGAUUCUGGUGUUUAUGUCGAUACAGAUGAUAAGGCAUAUCUUCUGACCGAAGAUCGCCAAAAUGGCCUCCGCAUCAAUGCCCUUUCAGCCGACUACCUCACCGUAACCUCUAACGUGUAUACGUGGGCCGAGAAGUAUGAAUCGCCUGCAAUCGUCAAGAAGAACGGCGUCUACUUCAUGUUUGCCUCGCAGCUCACAGGCUGGAAUCCGAACGACAACUACUACAGCACCGCAACCUCCCUCUCUGGACCUUGGUCAGGCUGGAAGAAGUUUGCCGACAGCGGCUCCAACACGUACGCCUCCCAGACAACUUUUGUGCUACCUGUCGGCGACAACUUCGUGUACAUGGGUGACCGCUGGGUCAGCGACAAUCUGAUGCGCAGCACCUACGUAUGGCUCCCGCUCACCAUCUCGGGAACCACAGCGAGCGUGAAGAAUCAAGUGAACUGGGUGCUGAACCCGAGCACUGGAGCAGCCAGCUCAGGGCCGACCGAGAACCAGUACGAAGGCGAGGUUGCAAGUUUGAGUAGCAAUGCACGUGUCAUCGCGUGCUCGUCGUGCUCUGGUGGGAACGCAGCAGGGUAUAUCGGCGGUCCGGACGGCGGAGCUGCAGUGUUCAGCAACGUGCAGAGCGAUGUUGCGGGAAAAACGAGCAUCAGGGUCAAGCAUUUGAACGGAGACAGAAGCCAGCGUGUCGCCGAUGUGAGCGUGAAUGGUCGGACACAAAGGGUUGCUUUCUUGCCUCAUGGUGGUGGAGAUCCAGGAAGCAGUGUGCUGAACGUGGAUUUAAAAGCAGGCACGAACGAGAUCAAGUUCGUCGGUGUGAACGGAGGGUAUGGUGCAGAUGUGGAUCGUCUGAUGGUUCCCAAGUCGUAGUUGAGU